UCAACAACGGUGCAACAAAAGCCGCUUUACUCACCUCACGAACCUCGACGUAGUUCGCAAACCCCAUUCAAAAUGUUCAAGCUCCUGGUUCUGCCCCUGUUCUUCGCCGCCGUCUCGGCCGGAUACCUUGGUGCCCCGCUCGCCUACUCGGCCCCGGCUUACUCCGCGGCCUACGCCCACGGCCCGGCCUACGCCCACGCCCCGCUGGCCUACUCCGCCCCGGCUUACGCUCACGCUGCCCCGCUGGCUUACUCCGCCCCGGUCGUCAAGGCCGUCGCCGCCCCGGUUGCCUACGCCCCGGCCCUCCACCAUGCCCCGCUCGUUAAGGCCGUUGCCCCGGUCGCCACCAGCUACGCCAACACCUACAAGGUCUCCGUGAAGGCCCCAGUUGCCUACGCCGCCCCGGCCGUCGUGUCGCACGCCCCGCUCGCCUACGCCGCCCCGGCUUACGCUGCCCCGGCCUACGCUCACCACGCUCCUCUGGCCUACGCUCACGGAUACUACCACUAAGGAGGGUGCCGUUUCGGGACGGGUCGAAGACACGGGACACUCGGGAGUGGUUUGGCGGGGGGGAUCUGCUGGCCGCGUUCUCGCCGUGAUCCUGCCGCGAUCGAAGCGUGCAACCGAGGCCCCAACGGACCCCCUGACCGCGUUCCCGGCCACUGCCUGUCUUCUUGCCAUUAGUUAACGCGCGCUGAAUUCCGUUCGCACAGAAACAUAACACCCAGCAACACACAGCAACAAACCUCGAGUCUCGAGCCACCCAUCUUGACUGCCGUUCGCCGACCGACCGACCGUUCGGUGGCAACAUUUUUUGAGAUUAGAUUCGAGCUUCUCCGCCGGCGCUCCGGUGUGCUGGCGAAUUGCCACCCUUCAGCAACCACAUCCUUCGGGCACAGUGUCAAAUCCAACCAACGAAACGAGUCCAACCGAGUGUGUACAUAUGAUGUAAAUUCGCUGUAUUUAUUACGGAAUAAACUACAAAACA